GGCGGGGGCGGGGCGGGGCGGGGGUAAGGGUGCCGCGGCGGCGGAGGCCAGCCCGUCCCGGCCGUGGCGGCGGCGGUUGCGUGUCCCGCUGCCGCCGUCGCGCCCGCCCGGGGCCCGCCAUGAAGAGCCUCAAGUCGCGCCUGAAGAAGCACGAAGCGAUCAUUGGCGGCAGCAGCGCGCUGAAUACAGACUGGAACAAGUAUGACGACAGGUUAAUGAAAGCAGCUGAAAGGGGCGAUGUGGAAAAGGUUUCAUCAAUCCUUGCCAAAAAAGGAGUCAGCCCUACUAAACUGGAUGUGGAAGGGAGAUCUGCAUUCCAUGUUGUAGCAUCAAAGGGAAAUCUGGAUUGCUUGAAUACUAUUCUUAUUCAUGGAGUUGAUAUCACAGCCACUGAUGCUGCAGGUCGAAAUGCGUUGCACCUAGCUGCAAAAUAUGGACAUGCUUUAUGUUUGCAGAAGCUAUUGCAGUACAAUUGUCCAACUGAAAAUGUGGAUCUUCACGGAAGAACUGCUCUCCAUGAUGCAGCUAUGUCGGACUGUUCUUCCAGUGUACAGCUACUGUGUGAUCAUGGAGCCUCCGUGAAUGUAAAAGAUGGAGAUGGGAGGACGCCAUUAGUGCUGGCCACUCAGAUGUGUCGUCCUACAAUUUGUCAGCUUCUAAUAGACAGAGGAGCAGAGGUUAAUGUUAGGGACAAACAAAACAGGACUGCCUUAAUGUUAGGCUGUGAAUAUGGCUGCAGGGAUGCAGUAGAAGUUUUGCUCAAAAAUGGCGCGGAUGUUAGUUUGGCUGAUGGCCUUGGUCAUGACUGUGCUUACUAUGCCAGAAUUGGUGACAAUAUUGACAUUUUGGCUUUAAUAAAAGCUGCCGUUGAGGAUUCCAGCAAAGCAGGGGAUAUCAUGAAGAAAGGGCAACCUGAACAGAAGGUUACUAACAUGUCACAAAAAUGGAACUGGCUGCAUGCACAGGAGGAGGCGAAUGUCAAUGUGUAUCGGAAAGAGCAUAAUGCUCAGGAACUAGAAUUAGAAAAUCAAGACUUGAAAGAUCGAAUGAGAGAAGUGCAAGAGGAGCAAAGGAUGUUGUUGGAGAGAAUCAAUGGGCUACAGCUGCAGCUGAAUGAGGAGCAAAUGUUUGCAGAUGAUCUUGAAAAUGAGAAAGAUGAGUUAAAGAAAAUCCUAACUACCAAGGAACAGCAGCAGGAAGAAAGCUUAAGAACUAUUGAAGCUCUGAAAGCUAAACUCAAAUAUUAUGAAGUUGACUUUGUGGGGUCUGGAAGUAAUUUUGGUAAUAGAAAAGAACAAUUACUAAAGCAAGGUCAAGCGCUUGCUGUGGAAUCACAGUCCAGGUCUAUGCUGAGACCCCUGGAGCUAUCCCUGUCUAACCAAUCACCCAGUUCAGAGAAGGAAACUUUAAAGAGAGAACUCGACAACAUGAGAACCUGCUAUGGUGCAGCAAAAGAAGAAAUAAGCAAACUACAGAGAGAACUGUCUCACAAGGUAUCUGAAUGUAAAGCUUUGGCAUCGGAGUAUGAAAGAACCAAGGAGGAAUCUGAUGGACAGAUAAAACAACUGGAAGAUGCUUUAAAAGAUGUACAGAAGAGAAUGUUUGACUCGGAAGGCAAAGUUAAGCAAAUGCAGACCCACUUUCUUGCUCUGAAAGAUCACCUGACUAAUGAAGCUGCUUCAGGAAGCAGUAAGCUAACAGAGGAGCUGAAGGAUCAGUUGAAAGAAAUGAAAACAAAGUAUGAGGGAGCCUCUGCUGAAGUGGGUAAAUUAAGGAACCAGAUUAAGCAGAAUGAAUUGUUAGUGGCAGAAUUUAAGAGAGACGAAGGAAGGCUGGUAGAAGAGAAUAAAAGGUUGCAGAAGGAACUUGUUAAGUUGGAGAUGGAGCGAGAUAAAGGGGAAAGAAAUCUUGUAGAGUUAGAAGAGCAGCUUAAAGAAACAGCAGAGAAGUUAGCCCAUUCCAUAACUGCAGAGAAAUUUGAAAACAUGAAGAGUUCAUUAUUAAAUGAAGUGAAUGAGAAAGCAAAGAAGUUAGUAGAGAUGGAAGGAGAACAUGAAAAACUGCAGGCAGAGGUUUGGCUUUUAAAGAGGCAAUCUGAGAGUCAGAAAGCUGAACUUGCCUGUCAUGUAAAGCUGGAAGCACAUGCACAAAUGAAGACUGGGUUUGAGCAAAAAACUGAGGAACUCGGGAAAACAAUUUCUGAAUUAUCACAGAAGAAUCAGACUCUGCAGAAGGAAGCUGAAAGAGUUCAAGUGGAUAACAAGAUGCUUAAGCAGCAAAUCCAAAUGCUGAAAACUGAAAUUAAAAGCCAGAAUGUGCCUUUAAAAAUUCAUGAAGAAUUAAAGAAAACAAGUGAACUGACCAUUGGUGAUCUGAAUAAAAAGCUUGCUGAAAUAACAAAGAAGUGCAAUGAAAGCAAGGCAGAAGCUGAAAAGUUGUUGGCAGAGAAGAACAACUUAAGUGAGAACUUAAGCUGCUUCCAAGCUGUGUAUGUGUCCCCAGAGCAGCACAAAAAAGAAGUGGAAGCUUUAAAAGCUAGUGGUAUUGAGCUUGAAAAGCAGCUUGCUGAGCUUCGUAAAAAAUAUGAUGAUGAGCAAGCAAAAAUGUGCAAACUAGUGUCUGAAAACACAGUCAUAAGAGAAUCUCUCAGGGAUCAGUAUGUGUUGGUUACAACGCAUGAAGAGAUUAAAACGGUCUUGAAUAACACACUAGAAAAGACUAAUACAGAGCUGUCAGAUCUGAAGGGAAAAACUGAAGAGAUAAAGCAAGAAUUCAUGAAGGUAAAUGAAGAAAAUGCAACUUUGAAAAACAAGGUGAAACUCUUGCAGAAUCAACUGCAAACGGAGUAUAUAAGUUUAAAAGAUCAUGAGUCUAAAGUGACAACUUUAAAUGAAAGCAUGCAAGAACUUCAGGAAAAGAACACUGCGAUUAUGGCUGGGUAUAAAAGGGGUCAAGAAGAAAUUUUGCAGUUGCAUGCAGAAAUUGAAGCCCAAAAGAAGGAACUUGACACAAUUCAAGACUGCAUUAAGUCAAAAUAUGCACCAGCUCUCUCCUUUAAAGAGAGAGAACAAAGCUUUGAAGCCACAGUGAAAGAAUUAAAAGAGCAGUUGUUAGAACAAACACAGAGGUGCAGAGAAAGUGAGGAAGAAAGCAGGAAAUGUAAACAGGAAAAUGAAAAGCUCAAAAACGGUGUUUUGUCUAUCCAAAAUGACUUGCAACAGAACUACAUCCUUGCUGAGAAAUCUCACGAAAUGGAAAAAAUGUUCACGAACAAAAUGGAAGAGUUGAAUAAGCAAUUGAGAGAACUACUGCAAAAGUACACAGGCAAAGAGGAGAAAGACAAGCUGCAGGAGAGUACGAAGCAGGCCCUAACUGUGCAGGCUCAUAUGCAGAGUCACUAUCUUCCAGUGGAACAGUUUGAAGCCUUGAAGAAGGCUCUUGGUAACACUGUAGAGGAUCUAAAGGAAGCCCUCAGAAGUAAGAAGGAAUGUUAUGACAAAGAGAUGCUAAAAGUAGGAGAGUUGCAACAGGAAUUGUCAGAUCUGAAAAGUUCUUCGGUACCUUUGGCAGAGUAUAUGCAAAUGAAGGAAACACUAGAACAAGAAAUCGUAGCAGUCAAAAAUAGCUUAAAAGAGAAGGAAGAAGAAAAUGGCAUUAAAAAUGAGGAAAUCUUGAAGUUGCAGUCUGAGAUUCAGCAUACUCAGCAAGCUUUAACAGAGCUGGAGAGCAAAGAAGUAAUUGACAUAUCGGAAUACAAAUCCAUGAAAAGUAAUCUGGAGGCCCAAAUUAAUAGCAUAGCUGAAAACUUGUUCAGUGUGAAUAAAAAGUAUGAGGAAGCGUGUGAGGAGGCUUUGCAAGCUAAAAAGAGUGAACUUUCUUUAAAAGAUGAAAAGGAAUUGCUUCAAUUACGGAGCUGCAGCAUUGAGCAAGAAAUUAAAGACCAGAAAGAAAGGUGUGACAAAUCAUUGACAACGAUUAUUGACCUGCAGAAAAGAAUACAGGAAUCUGCAAAGCAGGUGGAAGCCAAGGAUAACAAGAUAACAGAACUGCUUAAUGAUGUAGAGCGAUUAAAACAAGCUCUUAAUGGCUUGUCUCAGCUUACAUACACCAGUGGGAUUCCCUCAAAAAGACAGAACCAACAGGUUGAAAUGCUCCAGAACCAAGUGCAAAUGCUGCAACAACAGCUAUCUGAUGCUAAAAGGCAGCACCAAGAAGUAAUUUCAGUUUAUCGGACACAUCUUCUUAGUGCCGUGCAGGGUCACAUGGAUGAAGAUGUCCAAGCUGCUUUACUACAGAUCAUUCGAAUGAGACAGGGACUUGUUUGCUGAUGUGCUUAGUGCCAUUUUUCUUGAGGGCUACUGCAUCUUGUAGGAGUGCUGUGAUUACGGUAGUGAUAAUCUUCAUGAGAUUUGUAUUAAUGUAACUGCAGUUGGAACCCCCCCAAAAGUUACUCCAAAUAUGAAACAAUUCAUGAAGCUGAAAUACUUUCUUUUAAAACAGUAGAAUAGGACUAUGAAGUUUGGGAUCUGACACUUAUUUCAGUGGAUUAAUAAAUGGUGUAGAACCUACUUAACAAUUGGUUUACAAGUCAAAAUGAUGACAUAGCAGUUAAAUUAUUUCAAUGUCAGAUUGACCACUUCAUAAGACAAGGCCUAUACCUAGAAAUUCUAGUUUAUCUUAUAACUUGAACUCUCAUGGUAUGGUUGAAAAUAAACUGCAUUCAAAUGAGCUUGGCCGAAGUAUUAUAGCUGUUUAAUUCUCUUAAUCACUUAAAAAAAAAAAAAAAAAAAAAAAAAAAAGUGACUAUCCUGUUUGUCACUUGAGUUGAUCAAGACAUUACAACAUGCUUAGGUCACGUACAAAGCAAGUGGAAGGUAUUUAGAUGUAUGUUGUAACUUGGCUGGCCAAGUUACAGACUUUAAGUAACUUAAAAUGUAGUGCCUUUGCUUUUUACAAGACUUAAAUCAGGGUUUCUGUCAAAACACUAUUUUUUUUUAAUCUUUACCUCCUCUGGGAGGUUUUUCAUGACUCUGAUAAUGUUGAUUACUGUAGGUUCUAAAAGUAGGACUAGUGUCAUGGCUUGUAGAACAGCAUUUCAAUCUAAAUGCAAUAUUCCUACUCUUGUAUAAUUUUAUUCUUCAUGGGUGUAGACUGAGCAUCUCAUUAAGCGGUACAUUAGAUAAUUCAGAUACUGGAUUUUGAAACACUUUCUAACAGAAGUUUAAGGUAAAUGUAAAUUAUGUACUAUAAUCCAGUUAUUUAUGGGGAAAGAUGCAAAUAGUAAGAUUAAUAAAAAAUGCAAACUUUAACAUGCUUAGAAUCUACCUAUUAAACAAGACAGGGCUUCAUUUUUAAGUGAAGGUGCAAUAAUUCCAAAGGAUGAUAUAUCUGAAGUUUUUAUGAAAGAAAAUACAACAUUUUGGAUUAUUGGGCUCAUUCGUCAAUGACUUUUUUCCUUUAAGUGUGUUGCUGUUUUAAUAGAAUAAACAUUGUAAGUGUUAUCAAUAAUGCUGUUAUCUUCAGACAAUUUGCUUGAAAGUAUUUGUAUGUAACUAGUAAGUAGGAACCUGGCAUCCCAUGGACAAAAGAAAAACUUCCUCUUCCAUGCUCCUGAGAAAUAAGGACUUCUUAAGUCAAACUUCUGAGGUCUCUGCUUGCUUAUUUGGUCUUAAUGCAAACCCAAGAAACUGUACUAUACAGACUUAGGUCUCUCUCUUGCUGUUUGUUUGUUUGUUUGUUUUUUUUAAUAGUGUUAUAUUUGUUUCCUUUUGUGCCCCCUCUUUUGGGCAGUUUCAUGGCAUAGAAUGGAAAUGACAGCUGCUGCAGAGGAGAAGAUGCAGACAUAAUGAUGAAUGUGCAGGACAGUUUUUGUUAUAUAAAUAUACUUAAUAUAUUUACUAAAUAUAUCUGUAGUACAACAGAUUUACUGCUGCUUUCCUUUAAUUUCUUAGAGGAUUAUUACAGAAGGCAUCUCAAUAUAUAUACAGUAGUGUUUAGCCAAAUUCUUUUCUGAUUGCAUUACUUGAAGCUCUUAUUGAAUAGAAACUGAUUGUUUUGAUAUACUAACUCUGGCAUAUUUUGAUAUUGUAUGUUUCCUUAUUGAGGGAGCUCUGUAAUUUUUUUAAACUUCUCCUAUAUUGCCUACCAAUAAAGAGUUUUCUUCUUUUU